AUGGAGCUGCUCACACAGGAUGGCGGCCUUGAGGGCCUCGGCAAGGAUGCGGUGGUGCGCAAGCAGCAAAAACUCGACGAUAUCUUCAAGCGGUCUCGGCGUUGCCGGGGCCAGGACAUCAUCGAGCACCUACGAACUUCUCACAACAAGUACAAGGAGCUCGCGGACCUCGACCAGGGCACGAAGCUUAACGACGACCUCUGCGCCUACUUCCUGUUUGAAGGAGUCACGCUCAAUGAUGACCAGAAGCGGCUGAUGACGACUGUAGCGGACAACAGAUACGAGACGGAGAGCUUCGAGAAGACCUUGAAGACGAACC